GCAGGCUCUGCUCUUAAAUAGAACGCCAAGUUUAUUUACUGCAAAUCAAACCGUGAAUCAUUUCAAACAUGUUUUCCUGUUCUGGAUGGGAACCAGCGCAUUGAUCUCCUGGACUGAAAGACUUGGAAGACAUCAGUCGAGUAAGAGAGAUAUAGAGAGAGAUAUAUAGAGAGAGAGAGAGAAUAGCAGGAAGUGGAGAGAUGUCUGAUGAAUCCCUAACUGUGUGCCGCUGAGAAACAUUGAAUACAUACACACAUGUUGCCUCAACCAGAUACAUCACAUUGUUGGGCUUAGUUCCAUUGUCUCUUUUCUGUCAGUCGGUAAAGUGAACCAACCCAUACUGUGCUGAGAAUUGGAAGGGUUCUUUCCUGUCUGGACUCCAGCCGUGGUAGCUGGUGGUGGUCGGGCCUCCGGUUCCUCCUCUGUAGUGUGAAUUAUUUAAGUGGGUGCGUGGUGGGACCGGCCGCGUAACGCUGCUCCAACAGGAUCGGAGCGUGGACUGCCUGGUGAGGGAAACGGGCCUCUCCUAAUUGGCAGUUGCUGUCCGCAGAUGAGUGUGGAGAGCGAUGACAACAGAGGCACACGCACACGGUCUAAAGGAAUCAGAGUUCCCUCCGAACUCACGGGACAAGAGCUGAGCUGCCCCACUCCUGGAUGCAAAGGCUCUGGUCAUAUCAGUGGGAGAUAUUCACGCCACAGAAGUGUGCUUGGCUGCCCGUUGGCCCGGAAGAGGCGCCUGGCGGACGCCGAGGCUGAGCAGGAACAGCCGUCCUACAAGAGGAAGUCCCACCCCCUGAAGCUGGCCCUGGACGAGGGUUUCAGCGUCGACAGUGAUGUGAGCAGCGAGGCGGAGACGGAGGGGGACUCUAAGGAGGAGGAGGAGGAGGCCGAUGGACAGCCACAGGCACAGCGGGGAGAGAAGGAGGAGGUGACGGACCAGAAGGAGAACACCAACGCGGACGAGGAGGAGGUCAUGAUCAUGGAUCCUCCCGGAGGAGCAGCCAGUCCCGCUGAGAAGGAGACCUCCUGGCCAGAACAGCAGGACUACCCAAGCUACCAUCAGAUCGUAGCCGAUUCUCUGCUUCACCUGGGCCAGGUACCCGACACCAUGGAGACCGCCUCCUCACGGCAGCGUGUUACCAUGGAGACAGAAAAGGAUGUCACAUCUGUGGAAGGAUGGUCUGUGGCAGCAGAACACUCAGCGGUGCAGGAAGAAGAGGAAGAUGUUGAGGAAGAGGAGCAGCGGGAGGCGGACAGGGGAAGAGUUGUAGUAGCCUUAGAGCCUUCUGUUGUUGCUAGGGAGGAAGAGCACUCUGAGGAGGAAGAGGAGGAGGAAGAGGAGCCGCAGCAGCCCAGGGAGGCUGGGAUGACACAGAGAGCCUUCGAUCACCCGUACUUCACGGGUGACAUCCACCAGCAGCAGGACAAAGCGGAGGAAGACGAGGACGAGGAGGAGUAUGAAGAUGAGAGACGAGAACCAGAGCACCAGCAGAGCAGACGGGAGAUCCUGGAGGAAGAGGAGGAGGAGGAGGAGGAAGAUGACAUUGAGGAGGUGGACGAGAGAGUUCCCCCUGUGGUUCUGCCCUGCUCUAACAUCAUCACCAGCACUGUCGCAGCUCAGGGACCCAGCAGGGGGCAGCACAGGGCCAGGACUAACCAAAACUACAACUCCCACCGCACCAGCCCACUGGAGAACUACAAACCCCACAGAGUCAGCCCCACACAGCACUACACCUCCCAUAAGGCCUUAGUUGCCUCUGAAAUAAUUGAGGUGCGCUCAGAGGAUUCGGGGAAGGAUUACGACGAUGAAGAUGGCGAUGACGAGGAGGAGGUGGAUGACGACAGCCUGUCCCAAAGGUCAACGGUGACUGACGAGUCGGAGAUGUACGACAUGACCCGGGGCAACCUGGGCCUGCUGGAGCAGGCCAUCGCCCUGAAGGCGGAGCAGGUGAAGGGGCCUUGCGACCUCCUCCGUCUCCCCGCCCCGGAGCUCCACCACCGCUACUUCACCAUGGAGGACCGGCCCAAACAUCUGGACGCCAUGCGGAAGAGCUACUUCAACAGCAAAGAAGGCGGCCGACCAGAGAAGAGGGAGAUCAAAUGCCCCACCCCAGGCUGUGACGGCACGGGUCACGUGACCGGACUCUACCCCCACCACCGGAGUUUGUCAGGCUGCCCGCACAAGGACAGGAUCCCCCCUGAGAUCUUGGCCAUGCACGAGAACGUGCUGAAGUGUCCUACUCCAGGCUGCACUGGACAGGGUCAUGUAAACAGCAACCGCAACACCCAUCGCAGUCUGUCGGGAUGCCCCAUUGCAGCCGCAGAAAAGCUGUCCAAGACCCAUAGCCUUGACAAGCAGCACCUGUCCCAGCCAAUGAGUGACAAGCAGCAUCUCACCCAGCCAAUGAGCGACAAGCAGCAUCUCUCCCAGCCAAUGAGCGAACACCUCAAGGGAAGUCUCACCAACAAUGACAGAGUCCUGAGACCCAUGUGUUUCGUGAAGCAGUUGGAGGUGCCUCGCCAGGGGCAGUACCGACCGACCAUGGUACCGGCCACGCCUCGCGCCAACCUGGCCAAGGAGCUGGAGAAGUACUCCAAGGUCUCCUUCGACUAUGCAAGCUUCGACUGUCAGGUGUUCGGGAAGCGCACGCUCGCCCCAAAGACGCCGGCCGGCGAAACCUCACCCAAAGCCUUCAAAUCCAAGCCCUCGUUUCCCCGCUCCCCCUCCCCCGCCCUCACCCUGCCAGGAGGCUAUGGCAGGAGCCCGUCCUCCUCUGCGGCCUACGACUACUCCCACGACGCCCAGGCCGCCCACAUGGCCGCCACUGCCAUCCUCAACCUGUCCACACGCUGCUGGGAGAGGCCUGAGAACCUGAGCACCAAGACCCCGGACCUGGCCAGCAAGAACAUGGACAUCGAGGUGGAUGAGAAUGGAACUCUGGACCUGAGCAUGAAGAAACCCAUGAAACGAGAGGGCGGCAGCCCUGGCCUGCACUCCUCUGACCCCUCGUCCUCCUCUUCCUCCCUGCACCACGGAGGCAGCAGUGGCAUGACCUCGCCCCACACAGGCCACACCUACAAACAGGAACGCUGGGAGGAGCCUCUGGACUACACCACACCCAAUCGCCAGCGCGAAGAGGAUUUGGAGGAGGGGGAUCCCCACACAGCGCGGUCCUUUGCCUCGUCGGACCCUGAGGACGGGGACAUGAUGCAGGAUCACUCCGACCUGAGGACGUACCCUGGGGAGGUCACCACCCCAAACUUCAAGGUCCAGUUCCAACAGCCCAAAGACUGCAAGAAAGAUGUGCUCCUGUGUCCCACUCCUGGUUGUGAUGGAAGUGGCCACAUCACUGGAAACUAUGCAUCCCAUCGCAGUCUUUCUGGGUGUCCCCUGGCUGAUAAGAGUCUUCGUUCCCUCAUGGCCGCCCACUCUACUGAACUGAAGUGCCCCACUCCUGGAUGUGAUGGAUCAGGCCACAACACUGGAAACUACGCCUCCCACAGAAGUUUGUCUGGGUGCCCUCGUGCCAAGAAAGGUGGAUUUAAAACAACUCCCAUCAAGGACGACAAGGAGGACUCCGAGCUCUUAAAAUGCCCUGUCCCUGGCUGCGACAGUCUGGGUCACAUCAGUGGGAAGUACGCCACCCAUCGCAGUGCCUACGGGUGCCCCCUGGCCGCACGCAGGCAGAAGGAGGGCAUGCUUAACGGCAACCUUUUCUCCUGGAAGGCCUUCAAGACCGAGAGCCCCACCUGCCCCACCCCCGGGUGUGACGGAUCGGGACACGCCAAUGGCAGCUUCCUCACGCACCGCAGUCUCUCCGGGUGUCCCAGAGCCUCCUUUGCCAAGAAGAAAGCCAAGUUCCCUGGGGACGAGUACCUAAGUACUAAGUUCAGAGCGAGCGAUGUUCUGGAUAAUGACGAGGACAUCAAACAACUCAACAAGGAGAUCAAUGAGCUCAACGAGACCAACAACGAAAUGGAGACAGACAUGGUGAACCUGCAGACACAGAUCUCCUCUAUGGAGAAGAAUCUUCAGAACAUUGAGGAGGAGAACAAGCUGAUUGAGGAGCAGAAUGAGACUCUGUUCAUGGAGCUGUCAGGGUUGAGUCAUGCCCUGAUUCGCAGCCUGGCCAACAUACGCCUUCCGCACAUGCAUGAGCCAAUCACUGAGCAGAAUUUCGAGAGUUACGUGAGCACCCUGACUAACAUGUACAACAACAAGGACUGCUUUCAAAACCCAGAGAACAAGGCGCUACUGGAGAGCAUUAACAAGGCUGUAAAAGGCAUAAAGGUCUGAAAACCAACCCCAUAGGGAAGAAGCAUCUGAAGACAUGAAGAUGGAGACGAGGGGAUGUCGUCAAGAGACUAUGGUAUAUUUAGAAAGAAUACAAAUCCAAAAGGGCAUUCAGGUUUUAUAAAUGGCAACUUAAAUUCAACCCAGGGAGCAUUCUAUAAAGAAGAAGAAACAUAAAUAGGACCAAAAUCCAAACAUGCUGCUGAUGGGAUUGGAGGAGGAAGUGGAAAAGAACCAAAUCCUUCAGUUUGAAUUGAUAAGAAAAAAAUAUGUUUUUUUUGUUGCUUUUUCUGUUGUUUUCAUGUCUGUCCUAUCCUGGAGGGAUCUCUUCGACUCUUCCGAUUCAUUUGGAAAGAAAGAAAGCUGGACGUCGUGCUAGUGAGUCUGAUAAGACAACAGCUAUGACAUGCCUCUAUAAGACAACGGAUAUGACUUGCCUAAAAAAGGUAAAGAAAACAACUAAAUAACACACAAAGACAAGAAGACAUGGCGGCUUGACGAGAUGCUCUGGGCAGGAGGGGAGGGAGAUCGUGUGAUGCCAGGCCCCGCAGCCCGUCUGCUGAAGGAUAAGCGAACAGAGAAUCAUUGAACUCUUGGGUCUUCUUGAGCAAUGGUUCGUGUUAGCGUCGUCAUCGCGGCAAGAUGUCAACGUCUCUCCUUAUCUCGUCUCAAGCCGGCGGAACAGCCCUUUAGACGAAGAUGGAGUCACAAAUCGCUGGUAUCUUUUUAUCUUCGGAAGAUCAACAGUGGAGCCUGUUAUAUUUUUGAGGAGAUGCAGCAGACGUAGCCUUUUCUCUUCGAAUGGAAUUGUGAUGGUUAUAGUGUUCCUACACGUCAAAUCCUGUCAGUCACAUCCAUAGUAUUUAUCAACAUCGAUGCAUUGCACUUCAUUUCAAUAGUUUGUGGUACAAUACUUGUGGUUAUAUGAAUUAUUUAAAUGUAUGAUUGCUCAAAUUGUAAUUUAUUGCCGUUUUAUGUUAAUCUAUUUGUAUUUAUUUCGUUGGAUCUAUUUAUUAACUUUAUUUCAUUGUUUUGUAAAACAGCAAUGCAACCCUGCUAGUCCACGAAGGCCAUAAAGAUAUCAAACAGGGGAGUCUUCUACAUCCAUAUUUUUAAAAAGCUAUAUAGUUAACUGUUCACACUUAAUUAUUUUAUAUAUCGUCUUUUUUUUUACAUUUUUAAUUGCAGAUAUUUUAUAACUGACUACGUUUUGAUAGUUUUAUAAAGGUGUUUUACUUUAUAUUAUUUCUGUUAUCUGUAAAGUAUCUUCAGAUACCCACUACUGAAAAAGAAAGUAUGUAUUUAUUAUUUAUUUAAUAUUGAAGAAAGUGACUGUGACAUGGUUGUAUAUUUAUUUUUUCAUUUAUGUUUGUGCUGUGAUGGCCGUGUCCCAGUAGUCCUACAAUCCAUUGCUAAUAUUUAAAUACAUAAAACAUGCUCCUAAAUAAAAAAUAAAAAAUAUUCA